AUGGGGCACCUUGGCUUCCUGACGGCGGUCUUUUUCCACGUGUUCGCCCUGCGGCUGGACGUGAGCGCGGUGCAGAAGGAUUACCCGACGCUGAACAUCGCGGUGAUUCUGGGCCGCACCACCUACCUGGCGGACAUCAGAGACACCUGGAGCAAGGAACUUCCCAUCGAUGUCAACGUGGUGAUGAUUGAGGUCAACCACACAGAUCCCAAGAGCAUCAUCACCCACGUGUGUGACCUAAUGUCCGGCACCAAGAUCCACGGUGUGGUGUUUGCUGACGACACGGAUCAGGAGGCCAUCGCACAGAUAUUGGAUUUUAUAUCGUCUCACACCUUCAUCCCCAUCCUGGGCAUUCACGGAGGCUCCUCUAUGAUCAUGGCAGACAAAGAUCUGAAAUCCACCUUCUUCCAGUUUGGUGCCUCCAUCCAGCAGCAGGUUAUGGUGAUGCUGAACAUCAUGGAGGAGUAUGACUGGCACAUCUUUUCCAUUGUAACCAGCACCUUCCCGGGCUACGGCGAGUUUAUUAGUAUCUUGAAAAACACAGUGGAGAACAGCUUUGUUGGCUGGGAGCUGGUCAACACCAUCACAGUCGAUGCCACCGAAGGCGACUCAAAGGCUCAGAUCCAACUGAAGAAGAUUCAGUCUUCAGUCAUUCUCUUGUACUGCGCCAAAGAUGAAGCUGUCUUCAUUCUGGAGGAAGCUCGCUCUCUGGGCCUCACUGACUACGGUUUUGUCUGGAUUGUGCCCAGCCUGGUCACCGGCAACACGGAGAUCAUUCCCAGUGAAUUCCCGGCCGGGAUAAUCUCGGUCUCCUACGACGAGUGGGACUACUUGCUUCAGGAGAGAGUGCGUGAUGGUCUGGGGAUAAUAACGACCGCUGCUUCCGCAAUGAUGGACGAAUACGGCUACAUUCCUGAAGCCAAAACCAGCUGCUACGGGCAACUGGAAACGAAUGUUCUUCCUUUUAACAGCAUCCACAGGUUUAUGAUGAACAUUUCCUGGGACGGGCGAGAUCUCUCCUUCACCCGUGAUGGUUAUCAGGCCAACCCCAAGCUCGUGGUCAUCGUCUUGAACAAAGAACGCACCUGGGAAAAGGUUGGGAAGUGGGAGAACUCGAGCCUGAAUCUGAAGUACCCUGUCUGGCCCAGGUUUAGUUCCUUUGCCGACAGCGAAGUGGACGAUAACCACUUGACCAUCGUCACUCUGGAGGAAGCGCCCUUCGUCAUCGUGGAGAACGUGGAUGCACUGACCGGGACGUGCGUGAGGAACAAUGUGCCGUGUAGAAAGCACAUCAAAACCUCCAAUGCCACCAACCACAAGGGUACGUACGUUAAAAAGUGCUGCAAAGGUUUCUGCAUUGACAUUCUGAAGAAACUGUCCAGGACCGUGAAGUUCACGUAUGAUCUGUACCUGGUGACAAACGGAAAACAUGGCAAGAAGAUCCAUGGCGUUUGGAAUGGGAUGGUCGGGGAUGUGGUUUACGAGAGGGCACACAUGGCUGUUGGCUCAUUGACCAUCAAUGAAGAACGCUCUGAAGUUAUUGACUUCUCCGUUCCAUUUGUGGAAACUGGAAUCAGUGUCAUGGUGUCUCGGAGCAAUGGCACUGUUUCACCCUCUGCAUUUUUAGAGCCUUUCAGUGCUGCAGUCUGGGUGAUGAUGUUUGUCACUCUUCUCAUGGUGUCCGCCGUGGCUGUCUUUUUGUUUGAGUACUUUAGCCCUCUUGGAUACAACAGAAAUUUAGCGCAAGGGAAAAAUCCUCACGGUCCAUCCUUCACUAUUGGCAAAGCAAUAUGGCUGCUGUGGGGUCUUGUCUUCAACAACUCUGUGCCCGUGCAAAAUCCCAAAGGAACCACCAGUAAAAUCAUAGUCUCAGUCUGGGCCUUCUUUGCUGUCAUCUUUCUGGCCAGCUACACGGCCAAUCUGGCAGCCUUCAUGAUCCAGGAAGAGUUUGUGGACCAAGUGACUGGACUCAGUGACAACAAGUUCCAGAGACCCUAUGAUUAUUCCCCUCCGUUUCGGUUUGGCACAGUGCCGAACGGCAGCACGGAGAGAAACAUCAGGAAUAACUACCCCGACAUGCACGCUUAUUUGUCCAAGUAUAACCUGAAAGGAGUGCAGGAUGCCCUCAUGAACUUGAAGGCUGGAAAGUUGGACGCUUUCAUAUACGACGCGGCUGUGCUGAACUACAUGGCGGGCAGAGACGAGGGCUGCAAACUGGUGACUAUCGGGAGCGGAUAUGUCUUCUCCACCACAGGUUACGGGAUAGCCUUGCAGAAAGGGUCGCCAUGGAAGCGGCAGAUUGACCUGGCUCUGCUGCAGUUUGUUGGCGACGGCGAGAUGGAGGAGCUGGAGGCCCUCUGGCUGACUGGCAUCUGCCACAAUGAGAAGAACGAAGUGAUGAGCAGCCAACUGGACGUGGAUAACAUGGCUGGAGUGUUUUACAUGCUGGCUGCAGCCAUGGCCCUGAGUCUGAUCACCUUUGUGUGGGAGCACUGGUUUUACUGGAAUCUCAGGCACUGCUUUGUGGGCAACUGCACCGGGAAACCAGGAAUUCUCUUCUCAAUAAGCAGAGAGAUAUGGAGCUGUAUACAUGGAGUGCCUAGUGAGGAGAAGAAGAAAUCCCCUAACUUGGAUUUAGGCAGUCCUCAAACCAAUAUUCUGAGGCUUUUUAAUACUUCCAAAACCAUGGCCAAUAUCUCAAACCUAAAUACUUCAAGAUCUGACUCCCCCAAGAGAACUUCCAAUUUCAUUCAAAGAGGCUCUUUACUCCUGGAUGUGGUUGACCACAAAGGGAAUUUCUUUUACUCGGACAAUAGGCCCUACCAACCCAAGGAGACUGUGUUCGCUGACAACACCAGUGAGAUGCUGACGUUUAGCGCUAACCGGCACAAAGACAACCGCAACAACUACAUGCUUCAAGCGCAGCAUCCCCUGACGCUGAACGAUGCCAAUCCCAACAGCGUGGAGGUCGCCGUCAGCUCAGACAAUCCCAAGGCUAACUCCAGGCCGAGGCAACUGUGGAAAAAGUCCGUGGAGACUCUGCGUCAGAACCCGAGUACGGUGAUGGAGGGCGCUCCCCCGGAACCCAAGCAAGGGGUGAAAAACCAGAGGUACCUCCCGGAAGAGGUAGUCCAUUCCGAUGUGUCCGAUUGCUCCAGCCGCACCACCUCUUACAAGGACCCCGACAACAACCAGAAGCACCACAAACACAAGGAGACGUUCAAAAAGAAGCUGUCCAUGGCCAAGUACCCAAGGGACUGCAGCGAGAUCGAGCUGUCUUAUCUCAAAGCCAAAGAGGGCCAGCAAGCUCACCGGGACAAGAUCUACACCAUUGAUCCAGAUCGAGAGUCCAACUACCACAGUGACCAGCACCAUUACAGAGAGAGCGUGAUCAUUCCCGAAGACAUGGACUUCUCGCCUGGGUACCAUGACCAGAAUGAGAAUUACAGGCAACAGGAGACAGUUCUGCACCUAAACAGGACUCCUCAGCAUAACGAGGACAACCUUAGCAAUGCUGAGAACAAAUACAGUCUCUAUAACAAGCACUACAGCUUGAAAGAGAAAAACAUUUCCCCCGUAGAACUCAAUGAGAGGUACAAGCACCUGUCCACGCACUGCAGAAGCUGCCUGUCGAAGCUGCCCAAUUACACCACCCACUAUUCGGUCAGGUCUCCCUACAACAGGUGCGACGCUUGUGUCCAUACCGGGAACUUGUAUGACAUCAGCGAAGAUUACAUGCUGCAGGAGCCAGUCAGCCCCAUGCAGCCCGAGGAAUCGUUCGCCCAUCACUGGGCAGCGAGCGAAGCCUGCAACAUGCAGAAGGUGAACAGGCUGAGGAUCAGCAGGCAGCACUCCUACGACAAUAUCCUGGAGAAGCCCAAAGAGAUCGAUCUGGGAAGACCGGCCCGAAGCGUGAGCCUGAAGGAAAAGGACAGGUUUCAGGACGACAACCCGUACGCACACGUGUUCAAUAUAAAGCCCGACAAACUCUAUAGCGCCAAGGUCUCUGUGUUUGACCACAACCUGGAGGAGAGCAAGCGGAGCAAGUCGUUGUAUCCGGACCACGUCUCCGAGAAUCCCUUCUGGCACUCGUUCCGGGAGGACCAGCACUUGAUGCACGGCCGAAGCUCCACUGACAUAUAUAAACAAUCAACUGCAACAAAGGCACGGCAUGAUAAUCACUUUAGAUCAUCGGUUAAGUCCACCGCAUCGUACUGCUCCAGAGAUGGACGGGUUCCUAAUGAAGUGUACAUUACAGAACAUAUUAUGCCUUAUGUAUCAAGCAAGAAUAGUAUUUACUCUGCUCCCAGGGUUUUGAAUUACUCCAGCAAUAGACGUGUGUACAAAAAAAUGCCUAGUAUUGAAUCAGAUGUUUGACUCAUAAUUUCUAUCUCUAAAAAAAAUACCACGUUAAUGACAUUCGUUUGAU